GUCUGACAACACCACUCAGCUGGUCGUAACUGACAUUUUCUAGUCAUCCGUUCAUUCCGUCAUUCGUGGACAUUUCUUUGCAACCUGAGUAUCUCUGAGUGUAUAGUUUGUUUGCCACUUUGUGUUUGUUCGCGUACCGUAAGCAAUUUUAUCCAAAUCGCAGUAUUAUAAAAUGUCUCGUUUAAGGUUUUAUUUGUUGUUUGCCGUGCUAUACAGCUGUUGGAACAUCGGUCACAGCGAUGUCGUCGAACCACCUCCGAAGCCAGUCGUUAUAGACCUGCAGAAAUCGCCAUUACCGUCAGCCCUCGUUAGCUCUGUAGUACCAGCUUCAGAAGACGUCGAAAAGAAGACGACAGAGGUCCCGACGACGCACGAACCAGAGCCGACCACAGACGCCCCGUCACCAUCACCAAAACCAACAACUACCACCACAACCACGCCUCCCCCAACUACGACAACCGAGAAAACGACACCCGCGCCGCCAACCCCCACUCCGGUCCCGCCGACUCCCGCUCCGGUCCCGCCGACUCCCGCGCCAGGGCCCCUCCCUGCGCCGGAGCAGGGAAACUGGACGUACAGUGAUGAGAAGACCAAUGUGACGUGUAUCAUGGUCCAGUUCGCCGCUCAGCUCAACGUCACUUACACCAAAGUAGUGGAGAGUGCCACAUCCCUCGCGAAUGUGCUGCUGAACGUGCCGAAGAACGCGACUGUGUUGAACGGCAGCUGCGCAGACGCAGACCAGUGGCUAACGCUCAACUGGACCGUGCACGGCACCAACAUCACGAACAACAUGACCGUCGUUUUCCACAGGAACGACACCAACAAGAACUAUGGGCUCAAGAACUUGACUAUUUCGUUGAGCCCGGAGCUGUUUGUUAAUGCUUCAUCCAAAGACCCCCUGGAGUUGUACCACGGCGCGGAGUGGCAGACUCCCCUGGCGACCUCGUACCGCUGCACCCCGCCCACGCGCAUGAACCUCACGUCGGAGACCACGUCCACGGUGGGCGCGCUCACGCUCAUGCGCCUGCAGGAGGAGGCCUUCCGCUCCGUGCCUGGCGGUGGAUUUAGCGCCGCGCGCGAGUGCAGCGGCGGCGACGUGCCGGACGGCGUGCCCAUCGCGGUGGGGUGCGCGCUGGGCGGGCUGGUGGUGGUGGUGCUGGUGGCCUACCUCGUGGCGCGCCGCCGCUCCGCCGCGCGCGGCUACCUCUCCAUGUAGACUGCACGCCACAGAUGCAGCAGUCAGAGAGCGAAGGUAUAUGAUAGAUAAAAUAUUAACUAUUAUAUAGAAUCAUAACAAUUUCUUCGUCGCAUCUCACAUACAUACGUGCGCAUCUUUCAUUUUAAUUAGUCUUCUGUCAGUUUUCAUUUUAAUCAACAGAUGGCGUUGUUAAACAAUUUGUGGAAGCUAAUAUAAUUUCAAACAAUAUAUUAUAAAUAUCUGUCUAAGCGGCUGGGUCGCUAGAGCACUGUUUUAAAUAAAAUUUGAUGAAUAAAUUGAAAAAGAAAAAUGCUUUUUAAAUGUGUAAAUUCCUCCGAUGUCAACGCCAUCUAGAUUUCUGUAACAAUAAUAGUGUAUAAAGUAAUCAGUUUUGCAGUAAAUAAUCCUAAUUAAUUUUACGUUAGGCUCGUGACGUCAGUAGUGUGUAAAAAUUGCUCAAGUUCAGAAUAUUGUAACAUGACGCGUGAAGGUCUGCAGAUUGUAUAAACGUAUCUAAUUAUGGACUAUUCUUGUGUUUCGUUUAGUGUCGUCGGUGAGAAUCGUGUGUGAUAGUCUUAAAAUAUAUUUUUCGCUAUAAAAUGAGGAAACUACUUAAAUUUUAAUUUGAUCCAAUUGAAUAACGCACGGUUCUCGCCAUGUGAUUGGCAGUUACUAAAACCAUGUUAGACGUCCUUUCUUCUCGUCUAGAUAAUGUAAUUUCAGCCAUAAUAGUAACGAUGUAAGGGAAUAUAUAACAUAUAUAUAGAAUAUAAUCUCACACUACAAAACACUAGAGUGGAGACAGAAUGUGAUGUUUUAGUUAAGAGGUAGGUAAUUACAGCUUGAAAUAUAAUUUGAUUUUUAUAUAUUUUUUUUUAUUGUGAUUAAUUUUGUCCAAAGAUUUUAACAUCUGUUAUACGCUGUAUAACACGCUGGUAUCAAUUCAUAUAGUAUUAAAUUGUCCAUUAUAUAAUAUAUAAAUGUCGCAGUAGACAUAGUAAAAUAAAAUAAACCGUGCAGUGUCUGAAUUGUUUAUUUUUCCGUUAAAUUGUUGUACGAACCUGAAUCAAAUAAAUACAUCUAGAUUUUUACACGA